AUGGAGCGCGUCAGCGAGCGCCUGCACUCGGAUCUCAGGUUCUGUGAAGACCGGCUCGCUGAACAGGUGGAGAGCGAGAAGGCGCAGCGGUCCCUGAACCUGGCAGAGAUCAGGCGCGAAGCCGAUUACCAGCUCUCAGACAUCACCAGGUCCCAGGCUGAGCUGCGGGAGCAGGUGAUGAGCUUGAAGGGCCAGGUCUACUUGGGCUCCUCUCAGAGUGACAUCACGACACUCCAGGCGGAGGUGAAGAGUCUGCGCAGUUUGAUGGAGAAGGAGCAGAGUUGUCCCCCCGCAUCGAGCGAGCCGACGGACAGCCCGGCUUUCAACCAGGUGAAGCUGCUGGAGGCGGAGGUGGCCGACCUGCGCCGGGAGGUCCGCACCUCCCAGGAGCAGUCCUUCGGACAGAGCGCAGAGGCAGGCCUUGGGCUUGGGGGUUGA